CCAAUUCUCUAUCGUGGUCGCCGUCGCCGUUACCUCGAGAGCGUUUGUUGGCGUUGGGACCGUUGUGUGACUAUUUCAGUUUAAACGGGUAUUCAGUUGGGCUGCGUUCGGCGCCCGAGGCAGCGUUUUCCGCAUCGCUGUCGUCUGUGCUGCACCGGGCUCCGUUCACGAAGUACGUACGUCAUUUGAGUGGUGUUUACUGCCAACCUGUACAGCAGUGGACGACGUUCCAAGGAUCGCAGUCGCACUAAAUGAUUUGUCGACUUACCGAUAUUCAAUUUGCUGGUAAUUAGCCAGAGAGCUGCGGAAUCGAGCCAUGCAGUUUGGAGCCGACGAGUUGGGAUUGGCCGAUGUUGCGAAACUGGCCAAACAGAGCAAGUCGGUUGCACGUCGGCCUUUUCCAGGACUUGACAUGAUGCAUGGGUUCAUGAAGAAGCUCCAGGAGAUGCAGAUGGAAAACCGUCGACAGCUUGCACUAAAGAAUGCCGCAGCAACGCCUGCAAGCGCUCCAUCCCGAAAGCCUGCGCUAAAGGAUAGCACGACAAGUGCUACAAGCAGUUUGCCCCAGACCACUGGCUCCCAGAGGUCGACCAAGCCCACCUUGCAGAUAUACAGGCCACCUGGUGCUAGGCUUGCUGAGAUGCAGUGCCAACAAAACGAGGAUAUCAAGGCAUCUGAUACCAACGAUGUCCAAUGCCAACCUUCAAACACCGCAACUGACGGCAACAGAGUGACAUAUCUGAAGCCAAGAUUGAACCAAUCUGAGAACCGCAAGACCGCAAUAAACUGCGGCCCCAUGGCAUAUCCAAAGCCAAGACUGGACCAUUCUGAGGUUCCAAAUGUGUUGGCUCGACAGACUCCGUCGUCAGCACAUGAUGAACUGGAGCCUGCUGGCAGCGGCCGACAGUUGCACAGUAGUUACGAGCGGGAUGAGGACAGUCCGGUGAUGUACGACAGCCUGAUUAAGCAGGCAAUGAGUGACCCUACAUUACUGAACUCGCAGCAGCUUCAGAGUCUGGCGCGCGUCAUCAGUCACGCGGCAUCCAAGAGCAUUGGGCACGCUGAGCCAGCAGCCAAGUUUUGCCACCGGAUUGCUUUGGUGUGCAAGGACGAGUUCCUCGAGGCCCUGUUGAGAAUCUGCAACGAGUUGUUCGAGAAGCGGGAGGAGCUGAUGGGCACGCACGAGGUGGCGACAGACGUGCCGAAGCGCUGGACGCCCUAUGUCACCUUCGUGGCCGGGCUCCUGGUGGAAUUCGAGUCGUCGGGCGGCGACGGUGCCAAUGCAGCCAGCGCAACCGUCGAUGCCAGCUGUGUCGAGACGCCGAAUGGCUCCUGGAAGAGAACUGUGCAGUCACUGGCCGUUCUGCUCAGCUGCUGCUUGCAGGUCAUCUUGCGCCCUCCAUCCCUGGGCAGCGCCGCUGAGGCAAGAAGUUGUUCGCCUUAUGGGUCACUAGUUUAA